GAAGGAAAAAUAAAAAAAGUCGUAAUAAAAAUAAAAAAAUAAUCGAAAGGAAAACGAAGAAAAUUCCUUCGCAAUUACACCAAUUCCCAGAUCGCAAAUCGCCACUGAAACAAACAGCUUCUUUUCUCUCUCAAACAUGGUUAUGGAGAAGUAACGAUUCGCACGAUUCGAUUCAGAGCUCGAAUCUGUGCUUCAGUGGUGUUCUUCAAAGUCUAGGUCACAGUAAUUUUCCCCGAAAUCAUGAAGCAAUUACACAAGCAAUCGAGCGCCGUCAGCCACCGCCGCGACGAGGAGUCCGCAACGGCGGGGGGGGCGGCCAAAACCCUGAAGCACUCCGCUGCCGCCAGAUCUCUCCCCAGAUCCAUCAACUACCUCUUCAAAGAGCAGCGCCUCCUCUUCAUCCUCGUCGGAAUCCUCAUCGGCGCCACAUUCUUCAUCCUCCAGCCUUCUCUCUCCCGAAUCUCCCCCUCCGACACCACUUCCGCCCUCUCUCGCUCCUCCUCCUUCCGUGGCGAAUCAAUUACGUCGCGCGAUAAUCAGUUUUCGUUUCCGACGACGUCGCAUUUCAAGGUCGGCCGCGUCCCGGCGGCGCUGCGGCAGCGGAGGCUGAGGAUCGUCGUCACCGGUGGGGCCGGAUUCGUCGGGAGCCAUCUCGUGGAUAAGCUCAUUGAGCGGGGAAAUGACGUAAUUGUGAUCGAUAAUUUCUUUACUGGAAGGAAGGAGAAUGUGGUCCACCAUUUUGUGAAUCCGAGGUUCGAGCUCAUUCGUCACGAUGUGGUUGAGCCUAUACUCUUGGAGGUCGAUCAGAUCUAUCACUUGGCUUGCCCUGCCUCCCCAGUGCAUUACAAGUACAAUCCUGUCAAGACAAUUAAGACAAAUGUGAUGGGUACACUAAACAUGCUGGGGCUUGCUAAGAGAAUUGGGGCCAGGUUUCUACUCACUAGUACAAGUGAAGUUUAUGGUGAUCCACUUGAGCAUCCACAGAAAGAGACUUAUUGGGGAAAUGUUAAUCCAAUUGGUGAGAGAAGUUGCUAUGAUGAAGGAAAGCGGACAGCAGAAACCUUGACUAUGGAUUACCAUCGAGGUGCAGAUGUUGAGGUGCGUAUUGCUCGCAUCUUUAACACAUAUGGUCCUCGUAUGUGCUUAGAUGAUGGACGUGUUGUCAGCAAUUUUGUUGCUCAGGCGAUCCGCAAAGAAGCAUUGACCGUUUAUGGUGAUGGUAAACAAACACGAAGUUUCCAAUAUGUCUCUGACUUGGUUGAUGGACUGGUGGCGUUAAUGGAUGGUGAACAUGUGGGUCCUUUCAACUUGGGUAAUCCUGGAGAGUUCACCAUGCUAGAGCUUGCAGAGGUUGUCAAAGAAACGAUUGAUUCAAGCGCAACUAUAGAAUUCAGACCAAAUACUGCUGAUGAUCCACACAAGAGGAAGCCCGAUAUCAGCAAAGCAAAGGAGCUGCUGAACUGGCAGCCGAAAAUCCCACUAAGGGAGGGUCUACCGCUCAUGGUAAGCGAUUUCAGAAACCGCAUUUUGAAUGAAGAUGAAGGCAAAGGGCGCAAAUAAGAGAAGGAAGAAGUACAAUACAUAUGUAUAGUGUCAAGGCUGUAUCUUAUUAAUCCCUUUACUAUUGUCAAUGCCAAUCUAAAUUCCUCAAAAAUUCUUUCAAAAUGCAACACUAGGAAAAAAGAAAAUAUGUUAGUUAUCUCAUUUGGUGCUUCAUUAGCACCUACAUUUUGUUUUUGUUUUUUUUUUUUUUUUUUCCUGCCAAGUCUUGGCUCAUUUAUUUUAUUUCCUUUUUGCAGUAAAUUUGUGGUUAAGGAUGUGCAUGUAUUCAUUAAAUUUUGCUCU